CCGCCUGUCGGUUACGCUCUCCGCCGUCAUGGAGAACAUCAAUCCAUCUUUUCGCUCGACGACGCCACGCCUCGACCUGCGCUGGCUCGCUCUCUCGUCUAACAACGACGCGGCAAGGAUGCUCAUUAGCCCUCCGCCGGAGGAGGAGCUCAGGAUGAGCAGGAAUACGCCAAGAUCGAGCUCACAGACGAAGCGUAAGAGACAGGCGAAGCAGCCGCAACAGUCGACACCAAAUCCUAAACCACGGAAACAGCUACGAAGUCGUACACCUAGUCCUUCACGUACUCGUUCACCAUACAAGACAGUUUUGCUACAGUCGCCACACGCGAAUAACCCCAAUGCCGACUACAUUAUGCCUAAAGCCUACCCUCGACGACGAAGCACUACUCCCGUCGUUCCCUACGAGCCACCCACCAACAUCUUCACUUCGCCACGUGAGGUCGUCGUGUCCCCCGUUGUCCGUACGCCUAGGCGACGUACGAAGCUCACCGUCACCGUCAAGAAAGAGCCUCCGGCAAUCGACCUUUCCGAACCCAUGCCCCCGCCGAGUCCCACCGACGACCCUUUGUUACUCAGUGGCCCGCCAAAGGAAUAUCUGCCCAAGACAUCACUAGCGAAACCGUGCUGGAGUCUUCCUCCGUUGUCACCACAGCAGUCUACCUCUAGUCCACCCAAUGAAGAUCCCACCUAUUUCCAGUUCGAGUCACCCCCGGACACCUCCUUGGGCAUGGACGUCGACGAGCCAUUCAAUAAUAUUCUUUUUGGAGACAAUUUGAGUGGUGACGGGUGGAGUGACAGUGACGACGACGUCGAGAUGCAAGGCCAGGGUGAAUACACUGGCAAAUGGAAAAUGAAACUCGUCAAAAUCAAGAAUGAUCCCCCCAGUAGUGCUACCCGAACCCGGAUGGAGCACUGGGGACGUCCCAUCAGCCCUUAUCCCUGCGCGAAGCGGCGUGUCAGCGGCGUGGUUGAAGAAGACGAUGAUAGCGAGGCCGAAGAACCUGUCAUCGCAGACAAUGCUGUCCUGCAGCAACGCCAUCAUGGCGAUGCUUCCGGUAAUUCGCCGCCCUCUAUUGACAACGAAGCGAUCGAAGAGAACCAAGUCGGACCAAUCUCCGUCGGAGUCGAGGAAGCAGACCCGGACUCAGACGACAGGCAGGAAAACGCGUCGCAGGCGACGCAGAUUAACCAUGAGGAUCUGGAUGAGCAGGAAGAGCGCGAAGUUAGGGAGAUGUCAAUUGGACCAGACCAAGAAGAGCCUUCAGUCCAACCAGUCAUGUUUGAACUACUCGAUAACGAUGCAGAAGAAGAGGAGAGGCAGGUUAGGGAUAUAUCGAUUGAACAAGACGUUCCUGUUCAUCCAGAACCCAUUCUCCCUGAACCUAUUGUUGACUCUGUUCCCGCCACGGUCAACGUCUUCACAGAGCAGCAUGUUGAACUUGAUACUCCGAUGGCGGAAAUAGAGUCUCAUUCAAUACCGCUAAAUGAGGUUCCCGAUGCUGAGGUCCAAAUUGCGGAGGCUGUGGAUGACUCUGAUAGUAGCGACGAGGAGAUUGAUAUGGGUGUCGUCAAGGUCACGAGCAGCGACCCUCGUGCUGCUGCGCGGGCAGCCGCCAUUCUCAAACAGCACGAUUAUGAAUGCUAUACCAAGACCAAGUUAUUCUUGAAGGGACGCGAAAGAAAGAGACGGCGUAGGACCAUUGACGGAGGCAUUGCAAAGAGUUCGCCCAUAUGUCUGGGAGGUGCAUUUGUUACUCCAGUAAAGGGGCGCAGGAGAGAAACGUUGGGUGGAGUUAUUGGAGAUAGGGUUUACCUUCCUGGCAGUCCCGUCAUGACUCUGGAAGGGCUGUUACGAGACGCAGAAAUUCAGGUCGCGAGCGCAAAGAAGCCUUCCUCCAGCAAAGAUCCAAUUGAAAAACCAUAUGCUACUGUGAAGCGACCGAAUGUCUGGACCAAAGACAAUUGGAGGCUGCUCGACAUGUGCUUCACGGAGGAAAGAUACGAGACCGGGGAUGGGAAUAUCAUGGCUGACGUUGAUGAUGUGGACAUUGAUACUGUCGUAUGGCGAUUUGUGGAAUUGAUGCCUGAUGGCCGGUGGGCUAAGGAGGAUCUAGAGCGCAGGUCACGAGCUAUAGCGAAGAAACAACGCUCUGGAAAUGCUGCCCCACCUCUCACUCCUCGGGCAAGUCCAGUACGGUGGGAGUCUCCUGCCACUGCGAGUCCGCUAGACAAAUGGGGUCGUCACGCAAGCAUGAAUGUUCCGAACUUUACACCGUUGGGGAGGAGAGCCAUGCCUCCUGCGCGAGUUAAGAAAUCUCAGGCUGCGGUUAGGACGUCGACUCCAUCCUUCAGGUUACCGGAACCUAUCUCGACCGGAGCGCCAUUUGAGACUUUGGAUCGUCGAGCGGCGCAGAAGCCACCAAAGAAGGUACCACCGUUGUUCUUUGCCCCAAGAUAUUCGCAUUUGCUAGAGGAGGCGCAGGCAGUCAGUCGCGGUGUACCGCCUAAGCCUGAGGUUGUGGCAGAACAGGAACAGGAACAGAAACAAGAGAAACUGAUUGAAGAAGUCUUGGACACCAGUACCGACGAAUCGGUCGAUGCAAGCGUGGAUCAAUCGGUGAACGACGCUAGUAUCGCCUCAAGCGUAGACGAUAGCAGAGAGGAAGCGUUUCCCCAAACUCCGGCAUACAAGCAACAUGAUGCUCCUGCACCACGUACAACCAUGGGCGGCCGGGUAAAGGGGUUUCUAUUUUCCUACCUCCCGAUGAUGAGCAAGACAGCGCCUGUUGCCAAACGUUCCUUUCCUUUCCAAGCCAAGAACCAGCUCCCACUUCCCCCCCUUGAACUGCUUGAGAAGCCUCGUGGACCCAUUUCGACACCGGUUCGUGAGCCUGCGCCCAAGCAGAAGCAUCCCAAAGAGCUGGUCGACUUGCAGCAUAUUCAGGUCAAACCAAAGUCGAUGAUACCGAAAAGGAUACCGCCCAAGAGACUUGUGGAAUUGACUCAUGUCAGCCCAGUGAAGUCGGUCGAGCCUGUCCGUAGGCAAAGAACGAGUAGUGGAGGGAGCGUUAAGGAUCUUGUAAAGGGCUUCGAGGCAAUGGAGAAGGAGAAGAAGAUGCCUGGCGCGGGUGAACUAAGAAGGGUGAAGAGUUUUAACGUCACCAGAUCUAAGGUUCAAAUGGAAGUCCGACCCAAAUGGAGGCCUUGAAGGUCAAGUUUGCGCACUCUGUACGACUUAUAGUUGUUAUGAUAGAUGGUUCAGUAGAGCUUUAUGGUAUGUCCAAGCUUUCUUGUGUUUAUUAUAUUGUAUACGCUGUGUUAACAGUUGAUUAUUCUUAAUGCCUAUGGUUCC